AUGACUCCACUCCUCCUCCCAACAGCCCUCAUCUCCGCUAUCCUCGGCAUCACCGCCCAUCUAACCUUCUUCAUCCACGCCGACCUCGAAAAACACGUCGUCUUCCUUGCCAACUGCCUCAUCUUCUGGCCUUUACUCAGUCAACUCGCCCUCUUCAUCCUCGGAUACAGAGAGAUAUCCCAAUGGAUCGGACUAACGAUACUGACCUUCCACUCCUCGCUGUUAGCUUCUAUAGCGAUCUAUCGAUACUUCUUCCACGCGCUGGACGGGUUUCCAGGUCCAAAGUUAGCAAGGGUCACAGCGUUGUGGGAUUUCAAAAAUACAGUGCUGGAUGCGAAAUGGUAUCUUAAAGUGAAGGAGUUGCAUGGGGUGUAUGGGGAUGUUGUUCGGAUUAAACCUAGGGAGAUCUCGAUCAACGAUCCAUCUGCGAUAAAAGACAUUUACGGCGUGGGUACGACAUGCGUCAAGGGACCAUUCUACGAUCUACAUUAUCCGCAUCGAUCGUUGCAGAUGGCGAGGGAUAAGGCGUUUCAUUCGAAGAGAAGGAGGUUAUGGGAUCGGGGGUUUACGUCGAAGGCACUCGCGGGCUACGAACCAUAUCUCCUAGAGCACUGCAAAGAUAUAGUCCAGGUUAUUGAAUCGCGAUCAUCGCAAGCACAGGAGACCACAGCGCUAAUUGAUGGGUUUGCAUGGGACUCGAUGGGGAUAUUUGCGUUUGGGAAAUCGUUCAACAUGCUGCAUGGGGAGCCGCCGAAGAUGCUGCAGAUGAUGAGGAAAAUGGGACGCGGAGCAAGUGCUUUGCUCAGCUCGAUUUGGCUGGUUAUAUUUAUGCGGGGGAUGGUGGGUGUAAGGCGGUUUACGGAUAGAUGGUUGGAGUGGUGUGCGCAGUGUGUGGAGGAGAGGAGUAGGGUCGAAACUGAUCGUCGGGAUCUCUUCAGCUAUUUGAUCGAGGAGUCAAGCUCGAAGGGCGACCAGUCUAUAGGUGGCGUUGAUGGGGAUCUUGUUCGCGAUUCAGAGCUCGCUAUUACGGCUGGCAGUGACACGGCUGCCAGUACCCUCAAUGCUUUGUUCUAUCUCCUGGCACGACAUCCAGAGAAGCUACGUCGGCUGCAGGCGGAGAUAGACUCUGCUGUGCCUGCUGGACAGGAGCUGUGUCAUGCGGCAUUGGUGAAGAAACCGUUCCUAGAGGGGUGUAUAAAUGAGAGUCUGCGUCUGUGUCCAGCUGUGUUGAGCGGAUUGCAGCGCGAGACAGGACCAGAGGGUCUUCGAACGGCAGGAGUCUAUAUACCCCCAGGAAUGAUAGUGUCUGUGCCGACGUAUACAGUUCAACGAGACCCGCGCAACUUCCCCCGUCCAGACGAGUUCAUCCCAGAAAGAUGGUCCACCCAGCCAGAGCUAGUCGUCCACAAAGAUGCGCUCAACGCAUUUUCAAGCGGCACCUACUCCUGCGCAGGAAAGGCAUUCGCGAUGAUGGAGAUGCGACUGCUUGUUUCCACAAUCGGGAAGGACAAGAACCGCUAG